AGGCAAUCGGUUUUCUCUCUCUCUCUCUCUCUCUCUCUCUCUCCCGGUUUUUAUCCUCCACCUCAUUGCAGUCUUAUCACGUCCCCUCCACCACCACCACCUCCCUCCCUCUCCAUCCCCAUCCGCCUGAGCCUCUACAGGAGGAGAGAGAGAGAGAGAGAGGAGAGUGCGUCUGAAUGUGAACGACAUGUCGACAGUCAGCCUCUAAAGUGUUUUCUCGGUCGUUCCCUAAUUCUUUGGCGGCGGACUGAGUGAGUAUUACCCGCAUCCCUGCUCUGCUAAGCGUCGCUGUUUGAGGCUGGUUGGUGGAGAGAGAGACAGACAGACAAUGGGGAAUGCAAUUGGAUUGCGUUACUCUGCCAAGGAUUUUCAUUUUCAUACAUAGCCUGUGCGGUGAGGGUUCGAUGCCGGGCUGUAGCCCCAGGCUGCUGAGCUGAGAAGCAGGAGGAUGCAGUGGGUCACUUUGACGGUGGCCCUGGGGUGUGUGUGUCUUUCCCGGGCGUCGCACACCCCCACCCCCACCCCCACCUCCACACACACCCCUCUGGUGGACAACUCCGAGGAGGAAGUGGACGAGCCCUGCUUCGAGCCGUGCACGUGCGAGGUCAAAGAAGGCGUGCUGCACGUGCACUGCGAUAGGCGGAGCUUCACCAAUGUCAGCCAGGUGUCACAGUCGUGGGUCCGCCCUUUCAAACUCAACCUCCAGAGGAACUCUCUGAGGCGUCUCUAUAGCAACGGGUUUCAGCACCUUGGCAACGCAGUGUCGAUAAACCUUGGCAACAAUGCGCUCCAGGACAUCAGAGUGGGAGCUUUCAACGGGUUGGCCAAACUGAGGCGCCUGUACCUCCACGAGAACAAGCUGGAGGUCUUCAGGAAUGACACCUUCGCUGGUUUAGAGGCUCUGGAAUACCUCCAGGCCGACUACAACGUGAUCAAACGAAUCGACAGCGGCGUCCUGAGGUUCCUCUACAAGCUCCGGGUUCUCAUCCUCAACGACAACCUGAUCCCCGUCUUGCCUGCUCAUCUGUUCAGAUCUGUGUCUCUGACUCAUCUGGACCUGCGGGGAAACCGUCUGAAGAGCCUGGCAUAUGCUGGGACCCUGGAGUACGUUGGUCGCUCCCUAAUGGAGCUACAGCUGGAGGAGAAUCCCUGGAACUGUGGCUGCGAGGCAGUGCAGCUACAGCAGUGGUUUGGUCAGAUCCCCUACACGGCUGUAGUCGGGGACGUUACCUGCGAGUAUCCCUUCCACCUUCACGGCAAGGACCUGAGGGAGAUUUCACGCAAGGAGCUGUGUGCCGACCUCCCGGAUAAAGAGCUGCAAGCAGAAAGUGGCGGUCCGUUGGCGGGAUCGUCGCCCCAACAUUUGCCCCCGAACUCUAGACCCAACUCCCACCCCGGGCGAGUAAGGCCGACUAAACCCUCUUCCAUGGUUCACGGCUCCCGCCAGAACACUCACCCCUCUUCCACGUCGUCGUCCUCUUCCUCAGCGGAGCGUAAAGACAAGCCCCCGAGGCCUACGAAAAGGCCUCGACCAUCCAGAACAUCCCCCACACCUCGCAGUCUGAUUCCCAACCAGAAUCCCCCAGUUGCUGGCUUCCAAACGCGACCCCCCAUCCCCAUCAUUUGCCCCCUGGCCUGCACUUGCAACCUGCACAUCAUAGACCUGGGCCUGACCGUCAACUGCAAGGAGAACGGCUUCCUCAACGUGUCCCAGCUAACGCCGCGGCCUCUCAACGGACGCAAGCUGUAUCUGAGCGGGAACUUAAUCCAGAGGAUCUACCGCGCAGACUUCUGGAACUUCUCCAGCCUCGACCUUCUUCACCUUGGGAACAACCGCAUCUCGUACCUCCAGGAGGGGGCCUUCUCCAGCCUCUCGAGCCUGAGGAGCCUCUACCUGAACGGGAACAACCUGGAGAGGCUCAGCCCCCACAUGUUCCUGGGGCUGCAGAAUCUCUGGUACCUUUAUUUUGAGUACAACGAGAUCCAUGAGGUCGAUCCCGGGACCUUCGACUCCAUGCCGUCCCUCCAGCUGUUGUUCCUCAACGCCAACCUGCUGCGGAGCCUCCCCCUCGGGGUGUUUUCUGGAGUUAAUCUGGCUCGACUCAAUCUACGAAAUAACCACCUUCUGCAGCUUCCUAUGGUGGGCGUACUGGAGCACCUCACCGGACUGGUGCAGGUGGACCUGCAGCAGAACCCGUGGGAGUGCAACUGUGAAGCAGCGCCGCUGAAGCGUUGGCUGGAGGGGCUCAGCGCCGUGGUGGUGGUGGGAGAGGUCGUCUGCCAUUCCCCGGAAAAGACCAAAGGUGUAGACCUCCGCUCGCUCUCCAUGGAGCUGCUCUGCCCCGAGCUGGAGUCCCAUGAGGACCAGGAGCAGGAGGAACAGACCGCCACCUCCACCGCCGCAGACAGCGGCGUGUCGGUUGGCUACCCCGGCCCAGGGCUGGGCCCCCUGAUCCCCCCCGGGAAGGAUUCAAUCCCUCUGUCGGUGUUAGUGCUCAGCCUCCUGGUGUUGUUUGUGUCGGCGUUCUUCGCGGCAGCGGCACUAAUCGCCUACGCCCUGAGGAGGAGGGACAAGCUGCCGUUCCGUCGCCAGGGAGAGGUAGACUUGGCGGGCAUCCAGAUGGAAUGCGGAAUCUUCACCGAGCAGGCGCACCACCACCACCACCACCACCAUCACCACGGCCUCCCGGAGACGCCGCCCCUGCCCUCGGCCGAACACAACCACGUGUACGACACCAUCUCGCCCCCGCAGGCUGCGUCGAAAGGUCCCAACGCCGCUGCGACACCGCACAUGUGUAGCAACCCCAUCUACAAAGAGGAGCCGGAUGCGGCGGUGAAACAGCGGCCGCAGCAGCAGCAGCAGCAGCAGCAGCAGCAGCAGCAGCAGCAGCAGCAGCAGCAGCAGCAGCAGACGUUCGCAGCUUCCAAAGAGAGCGAGGGAGGAUACUGCUCUGCGGCAGAGAAGGAGAGGGACUGGACGCGGGACGUGUCCUCAUCGCCCAUCAACACCGUCGCGGGAGCGAUGGGGCCACUCCCGGGCCUCCACGGGAACGGCAUCCUCUGCCCCACGGUGAUCGACAGCCAGGGCCCCACCCCUAAGGUCGAACUGGUGGACUGCCUCUUCAGACUCCCCACACCCGAGUUCAGAGACCUGCCAGACAGGUAUGCGAGGCCGCCGCCCCGCUACCCUCACCCCCAAGACUCCAAACAGGACGCCAGGCCCGAACAAACGCUCGUGGUCACCACCGGCAGCUCCACGGCAGGCAGCGGUAACAGCAGCCAGAGCGAGCAGGGAGCAGGGGAGCAGAGAGCCAGACUGAGGACCACACCAGACUACAUGGAGGUGCUGGACCGGUCUUACCAGUUUUAACAACCCCCCUCCUCUUCCUCUUCCUGCUACUUGUCUCCUCAUCAUCUCCCUCUCUGGUGAUGAAUCAUCCAGUAACAAUGACUCCUGUACAGAGGCUGGUGUGGCUUUGAGAGGAGCCUGUGGGGGAGCGGGACUACACUACAUACAUGUUUAUUCCUGGAUAACGAGCUGAGGUCACUUUUUGUAUUUUCCCCACUACUGGUGAAUAUGGUUGGAAAGGAUUAGCUGAUCCCAGAUCUCUGCCGCCUGGAGGCGAAAACUUCAGCUGCAGCUACUACAGAAUUUUUUUCCUCCUCUAUUACGCCUCACAAAAUAUCGAGGCUCGGUUUUUCUAGUCAGCGCCACAAUGAGCAGGAGUCGGCGUGGUGGCGGUGGGCGUCAGUGUUCAUAUUAUCAGCUCUCUGCAACAUCAAACCCAGAGUCAUAGACUGCGACAGCCAAGAAGGCGUGGAGCAAACUGGGUGGACGUGUAAGAUGGAGGAACGACAGAGACAAAGCGAGAGAGGGGAGAUAAAUGACUGAAAACAGCCAAGUGCCUUAGCAAUGAACAGCCAGCAGCGUGGUCAAUGCUUAUUUUUCUAUGAAUACAGAUCUAUUUAUCUAAACAAAGAGGUUUGACUACCAACGGAUGGGACGCUGAUGGACGACUGAGACUGAAACCAAUCAAAGCCGCCGAAUAAUUGCAUUCCCUGGAUGAGCCAAAAAUAAUAAUAUACCCAGUCAAUAGUGGAGUUGUUUGUAUGCAGUUCAUUUCCAUCUCAUCCAGUUAACUUAAUUUGCUUAUCCAGUUGAAUUUUUUACAGGGCUAGACGAGGGACAUAUCCAGGAAUAGUUGGUUGAUGUAUGAAAUUAUGAAAAGGUUUUAUGGAUGAAAGGAUACAGAAAUUAUUUUUUUUUUUGUAACGCAAGACAAAACAAAAGGAAGGCCGACGUACGAAGGACACUGUGGCAAUGGAUGCGUUUUGGAUUUCUUAAUCAGCCAGACUUAAUGAGGCCACAAGGACCUCUGCUCCCCGUUUUCUUUCACCGGACAAAGGCACAGAGGUCGUUGUAUUGAUUUUUAAGUAUUUCUCAGAGGAAAAUAGAACGGCAAAAAAAAACAAAAAAACAAUGGACUAAAAAAACCACAGGACGUGAAGGCAUUUUUUUUGUCGAGGAAAAAAAAAGACACUUCUAUCAACUAUCGAUUAUUAUCUUUUACGGAGGUACCUUUUUAUGCUUUCAUCUCCUACCAAUAGUAGAGGCAGUUGUGAAUAUAUUUAUUCUUAGUUUUUGCGUGUUGAAGCUCUCCUGUAAGGGAUCAUGUUAUAUUAAUGUAUAGGAUGAUUCUGCAUCUGGUUCAGCCUUCUUACCGCCGACCCACGAAAUACAAUAAAGGGUGCUACGUAAAAAAAAAAACCUGGCGAUGGCAGCUACUGUGACAAAUCGACGCAAACACACACACACACAUGCCCUGACCCCCUAUAAAUGUUCUCUCUCCCGACUCCAUUGCCUUAAUAGUGCAUGAAAGAAACAGCUCGAGGUGUGCUAAGCCUGUGAGCUUGUGUCCACGCAUCGCGUUGAUGGGAGCCGGGCCUGCAGGCUUCCUCACACACUAACGGAUGGAGAUAGAAGUUAAUAGUGUGAAAUCUACCACUUUAAUGGGAUAAAAUCAAUACAAUCUAUUUGUGAAAUAAGGACAUGUGAGGCUGGUGGCCCCCCGGGGGGCCAAGGUCCUGAAUUGCUCCAGCUCUAUUUAAUGAUUUCCUCCAUCUUCUUUCUCUACUUUCAUCUCUACGUUUGAUUUCUUUUUAUUCCUCUCACCUUCCUCUACUUCCCUCUCUUUCUUUCUUUCUUUCUUUCUCAUUGCUCCGGCUGUCAGCUCAGCCUCACAGGACAGACACAGAGAGAUGCUGUUCUAUAUGCUGCUCAACACACAGGUAGCUCGGCGCUGAAGUGUGUCUGUGUAUGUGUGUGUUUUUGUUUCUCUCCGCUGUGCUCUUUCCAUCCUUCGGUGAUGAGUGCACUUCUUCAGACGCCUCCUCACUCUCAGUGUUCAGAACUCUGUUGCACAGAUAAUCCCCCUGUGGGUGCGUUUGUGUGCACACGCGGGACUGUGUGUGUGUGUGUGUGUGUGUGUAUUCGGAGGGGUGUGCCUUUGUUUGUAGGUGUGUGUGUGUUUAAGGAAGUGUGUGAAGCUAGUUGAGUGUUUGUGUGCGUGACGGAGAGAGAGAGAGAGAGAGAGAGAGAGAGAGUGCGGCGCCGCAGCCUCAGUCCAGCCUUAAUCCUCUAAGCUGUGUAGUUCACUCAUGCCACAUCAGCCCCAUUGUGUCUACAGACAAAGAAGCCCAGUUAAAAACUAAAUGCCAGUUAAAGCAACAAACGACUAAUUAUAGCAUCAUUCUCUCCUUCUCGCUUUUUAACGCUUCCUUCUCACUUCCCUCGCUCCGUGAACGCCUGAUUUUUCGCAACACUUUCUGUUCUGGACUCGUUCCAGCUGUGUGUGUGUUUGCCCUUGUGUUUCCCUGUAUAUGCGCGUGCCUGCGUGUGUGUGUGUGUGUGUGUUUGACUAUCUGACAGCUUUGCCAUGGUUCAUGUGUUUGGGUCCUGUCAGAGCUGUCCUGUCACUGUGUGAAAAAAAUCAUUCAUUUCCCAGAGUCGAGGAUGAAAGAGUCUUUAGACUUCAAACGCCUGUGGGCCUCUGUGGCUUAGAUUGCCUCUCGCUCUUCCUCCACCGCCGUGUCAUUUAUUCCUUUAAAAAAAAAAAUAAAAAAAAAAAAAUAGAAAAACAGUGCGGCUGUGGCAUCGGUUAAGUAGAGAUGGCAGCGACAUGGCGAGGAGAUGGACAAUUAGCCUGAUUAAAACACUGUCAUUUCGCAUAAUAGAUUUAGCCCGAGCUGCGAUGGGCAGAUCCUUUUUCUGAGUGUGUGUGUGUUUGUGUGUGUGAAGGCAUGAA